GACCGUAAACUGACUAAAGCGGAGCGUCAGAGAUUUAAGGAGGAGGCAGAGAUGUUGAAGGGUCUCCAGCACCCCAACAUUGUGCGUUUCUAUGACUUCUGGGAGUCACCGGUCAAAGGGAAGAAGUGCAUCGUUCUUGUGACAGAGCUCAUGACCUCAGGGACACUAAAAACGUGAGACAAACACAACCAACAGCAUGCCCUCCCUCCCUCCCUCCCUCCCUCCCACACAACAGUGCUGAGCUUAACAUUAAACACAAGGUCAGGUAUAACCUCCUUCCUAAGCUGUUCUUAUGAAAUUAAAAAAUAGUAACUUUCCAAAAGGGAAAAUUCCACUGGUUGAAAGUUUUCAUUGAAUUAAUUAGUUCCUCCACAUUUUGAUUCAUAGUUGAAUGAUAGUUGUUCAUUAUCAGAUGGAUUGUAAUGGUAGUGGUCGUGAUGACGAUGAAAAUCAUGAUGAUGAUGGUCUGUUCUUCAUCCUCCAGGUAUCUGAAGCGUUUUAAGGUGAUGAAGCCCAAGGUUCUGAGGAGCUGGUGUCGACAGAUCCUGAAGGGCCUCCACUUCCUCCACACCAGGACCCCUCCCAUCAUCCACAGGGACCUGAAGUGUGACAACAUCUUCAUCACCGGCCCCACCGGCUCCGUCAAGAUUGGAGACCUGGGAUUGGCUACGCUCAAGAGGGCGUCCUUCGCCAAGAGUGUCAUCGGUGAGGAUGAGGAAUCAUGCUCUUUCAUGCUCUGCUUGGAAGGGUCGUAAAUACAUCACUUGUAAAAGAGUAUGGAAUCUAUACUGUAACUAUGUAUUUAAUGGAUUAUGACAGUACUUCUGUUGAGACCUGAAAGGCUGUUUGUGAAUUCAUUGAGCCUCUUUUGGAUGGUUAUAUGUGAAUUAGCUUAACAUUUUUAUCAUCUUAGCGUGAGUGUGUGCCAGUGUGUAAGGGAAAACCUUCUGUUUCUUUCUGAAGGAGCCCUGUAACUCUUGUGACCUUUGCCCUUUGCCCUCUCCCCUGACCUCUGCUGUCCCAGGCACCCCAGAGUUCAUGGCCCCUGAGAUGUAUGAGGAGCACUAUGAUGAGGCGGUGGACGUCUAUGCCUUUGGGAUGUGUAUGUUGGAGAUGGCCACCUCAGAAUACCCAUACUCCGAGUGCCAGAACGCUGCUCAGAUCUACCGCAAAGUCACCAGCGUGAGUCCAGCGAGUCCAUCUUCAAUCCUAUCUAUCACCCACACCAUUGCUAGCACCUAUGUUUUCAUACUAGUACUAACUCACCCACCCCAUUACUAUCGCCAAUGUUUACUUACUAGCACAAACAGCAAAGCCAUACAGAUCUACAGUGAAUAAUCCAAAAGGUUACCAUGGUGAUGCAAGCUGUUAGUACUAACAAAACAAACCUACAUAAGGUCACAGAUACAGGCUCCUACAGAGUCACUCAAAAAGUAAGUAACUCUAAGUAGCACUAAUGUUAUCAUAGAGACGCCAGUAUGAAUGAAGUGCACAGGAGGCUGGUGGGGAGAGGACGGCUCAUAAUAAUGGCUGGAAUGUAGUGAAUGGAAUGGAAUGUGUUUGAUACCAAUCCAUUAAUUCUGUUCAGCCAUUACUAUGAGCCCGUCCUCCCCAAUUAAGGUGCCACCAUCAACCUGUGAUGAAGUGUGCUUUUUGAAGAACAACCCAGAAGAAGAAGUUACAGUACAGAGAAGGUUUAAAGGGAUGUUUAAUCAUCAAGCUAUCAGAAUUUGUUAGCAGUCCUUUCAACAAUGAUAAUUAAGUUAUAUUUCUGUCUUUGAACGUCUAUAUGGCUUAAGGAGAGCAUGUCUGUGUCUCAAAUGACAUGUUAUUCCUUACAUAGUGUACUACUUUUGAUUUACUUUUGUUCAAAAGUAGUGAAGUACAUAGGGAAUAGGGUGCCAUUUGGAACGCAGUCAAUGUGUUUUUCCAGAGGGAGCUUCCUGCCACCGCUUUCCUCUCUGGAGUAAAGUAGCAGCAGCUGCAGCAGUAACUAAUCACUUCUCAUUGGAGUGUAGUUGUCUGAGAGAGACGACCACGUCACUGCACCGCGGGGAGUCUGUUCUUAAUGGGGUGUAACAUUUGUCAGCCAUCUUACUCCUGUUACAAAUAAUGCAGGUCGCACGCUGUGUGUGUAGUUGUUUUUGUGACUGUGUGACUCAGUGCAAGACUGUGUGAGACAUCACCUGAUAUUCGUGGACUCCAGGAAGAGUAACUGUCGCAACUGGGGAUCCAAACAAUAAACAAAUGUUCUUCAUAUUUGUCAUCAUGAAGAUUGUUCUUGUUUUUGCAUCUGAAUGUGAAUGUGAGUGUCAGGGUGAGAAUGUUUGAGAUGUCAUAUGAUAUUCUUCAUACUUGUCAUCGUGAAUAUAGUUGUUCUUUGUGUCUGGCAUCUCUAGGGGGUGAAGCCUGCCAGCUAUGAUAAGAUCAGUGACCCAGAGAUUAAGGAGAUCAUCGGGGAGUGUAUCUGCCAUCGGCGGGAAGAGAGGUAAGUGGACAGAGUCGAGUCCAUCUGUAAAGUAAAGAACUGUGCAGAUAGAGAGCAUUAAAUGGUCAAAACCAACACAUGCGCACAACACACACAUACACAUGACACACACAUACACACCACACACCCACACACACGGUCGCCCUGUCGCUAUGUCCUAGCCAACUUUGCAUAAGCAUUUCCCUAAACCUUUUAUACAAGCUGUGUUCGUGACGAAUAAACACACACACACUGUUUCUGUCCUGAGGUAUGACGUUGGUGCCAGUAUUUGGGUCUGCUGCUGUUGAUGUUUCUACGUGUACUGACAUUUCACAUCAGUGGUUCCGAGUGACACCAUAACCUUUGCACAGCAGCAGCGUUGCGUGUGCGUAUGUGUGUAUGUGUGUGUGUAAACGUGUGUACGUGUGUGUGUAUACUGUACUAGUCCCCUGUAGCUCAGUUGGUAGAGCAUGGCGCUUGCAACGCCAGGGUUGUGGGUUCGUUUCCCAUGGGGGGCCAGUAUGAAACAUGUAUGCACUCACUAACUGUAAGUCGCUCUGGAUAAGAGCGUCUGCUAAAUGACUAAAAUGUACUGAAUGUGUGUUGUCAUCAGGUACACCAUAAAGGACCUCUUGAACCAUGCCUUCUUUGCGGAGGACACGGGCGUGAGGGUGGAGCUGGCCGAGGAGGAUGAUGGGAAAAAGAGUUCCAUCGCCCUCAAGGUGUGGGUGGAGGACCCCAAGAAGCUGAAGGGGAAGUACAAGGACAGCGGGGCCAUUGAGUUCACCUUUGACCUGGAGAAAGAGACCCCAGAGGGUGUGGCCCAGGAGAUGGUGAGUAGCCGAGCCAUAUGUAGAGAUUCUAUACGGCUCUGGUGGUGAGUAGGGUUCACAUUAUCAUGGCUCAGAAACGGUUGAUGUAUUUGCAGUGCCAGUUGCAGAGUAUGAUAUGGCUAUAUGAUGUAGAUUGAGAAACAGAACCAUAAACACACUUUAUUUAGUCAAAAUAAAAAUAAAUGUUCUAUGAUAAGGGAAAGGUUGUAGCUUUUUAUUUUGAUCUAGCCACUUGGGGUGUCCUCAUGGAAAGCUACUCUGUCCUCUAGAGUGUAGUGUCUGUCACUCUCUGUGCUCUAUGGUGACCUUGGUUUCGGCUGUUCUGUGCAGACUACAUCUCCCAACAUGCCUCUGGGGGCUGGGGGAUGGGGGAUGUUGUGCAAUUGGUGAUAGUCAUGAAAUAGUGUUUUAGAGAUUCCAGUCAGACUGCACAGAAUCACUGGUCUACAAAUAACCUCGAAUCCCAUGUAAAUGUAGAACUACUCAUUAUAGAUCAAGAUCAGUGAUUCUACACCUCGCCUUGCUCAAACUGAUCUUCCUCAAACAUGCUGAAAGACUUGAUCUCAUGUUACAGUAACCUCCUCGUCCGUUCCUAAACAGUAACAGACUCAUCUCCACAACACUCUCCUGAUAUAAUGAGCUAUUAUGUAAUCAGUAAAUCGUCAUUGGUUUCGUGGUUGGGCCGGUAUGAUCCAGGAAGGUAUUGAUUUAAAUCACAACUACCAGUCAGUCCGGUUGACCCUGCCUGACCCUGUGUCCCAUCUGAGAGCUGUGGGGUGGGGAGAGGCAACCUUUUAUCUUUGUGUGACUGUGACACAAAGAUAGACAGACAACUGAUGUCCCUAAAAUUCUAAUUUCCACAUUAGUUUAUAUGCGGCCCUGUUUAGUGAUAACCUGUCUGCUGUAGAUGGAGUCAGGUUUCUUAGUGAUAACAUCUGUCUUGUUUUGUCCUGUCCUAUCCUGUCAUGCCCUGCCCUGUCUGCAUUGCCCUGCCAUGUCAUGUCCUGUCCUGUCUGCAUUGCCCUGCCCUGCCAUGUCCUGCCCUGUCCUGUCCUGUCUGCAUUGCCCUGCCAUGUCCUGUCCUGUCUGCAUUGCCCUGCCAUAUUGCCCUGUCCUGUCCUGUCUGCAUUGCCCUGCCAUAUCCUGCCCUGUCCAGUCCUGUCCUAUUCUGUGUCAUGCCCUGUCCUGUACUAUUCUGUGUCCUUCCCUGUCCUGUCCUAUUUUGUGUCCUGUCCUGUCCUAUUCUGUGUACUGUCCUGCCCUGUCCUGGUCUAUUCUGUGUCCUGUCCUGUCCUGUCCUGUCCUCUGCAGGUGGACUUGGGGUUCUUCUUAGUUUAGUGAUAGCAAAGACAAUUUAGCGAAAGACCCUAAACAGUAGAGAAGAUGAAUGGAGAAAUGCGUAACAUUUGGAGCAUGGGGAUUCUUGACCAAUCACGUUCACGUUGUCAUGCUGCGUCACACAGCACUCCCUUCAGUGCUUAGUUUAGUGAUAACCUCUGUUGUAGUUGGAGUCAGCGUUCUUCCAGGACUGUUUAUAGAUAACGCCUCUGUUGUAGGUGGAGUCAGGUUUCUUCCUGGACAGCGAUGUGAAGAUAGUAGGAAAGUCCAUCAAGGACCGAGUGGCUCUAAUCAAAUGGAGGAGGGAGCGGACCGUCCCUGCAGUCGAGACCCAGACCCAGAAACUGCUACAGGUUUGUGCUUUUUGUCUUUGUUGAUGUUGGUGUUUAAUUUGUUCCUUUAUUUGUCUGUCUGAAUCAAUGUUAUCAUAUUAUUAUUAACCAAAUAUUUACAUUAAACAACCCUGCUGCAGGUGCCCAGCAUGGGGGUACCACCACAGGGGGCUCCACUGGCCCCAGCAGAGUCAGAGGAGGAAGAAGGUGACCAGCCCCUUCUCCUGCUCUGCAGCCUGCCGGCCCACACCACCUCGGCCACAUGUAAGAACCUGACUGCAGCCUCUAUUCUAAUAGCAAAGACAGAGACACAGGCAAACAACAAACAAAUAAAGAAAGAAACACAUAGACAAAUGUGCAUACAAGAAAACUGACAAACACUUAAUGUAACUGAAACACACACACACUGCUCACCUUCUGUUGAGGCAGGGCCGAUCUGUUCAAAGUAAUCCAGAUGUAAGAAUCUCUACAGGGCUUAUAGAUUACGGGUAAUGACAUAGAGGGACAUGAUGGCAGAUCUGUGUGUGUGUGUGUGUGUGUGUGUGUGUGUGUGUGUGUGUGUGUGUGUGUGAGAGAGAGAGAGAGACUGCUGCAGGGUGUGAAUAGCACCAGUGACUCAGCUCUGAGUCAUCUCCCAGCUUUUGAAUUCUAAUGAUGCUUAGUCUCUCUGUUUCAUUCUUUCUUACUCUCUCUCUUUCGCUAUCUCUUUCUCUCUCUCUCUCUCUUUAAAUUCAAUUCAAGGGCUUUAUUGGCAUGGGAAACAUAUGUUUACAUUGCCAAAGCAAGGGAAAUAGAUAAUAAACAAUACAAAGUUAUGACCAGUAAACAUUACACUCACAAAAGUUCAAGUACAAAAGGGAAAAUAAAUAAACAUAAAUAUGGGCUGUAUUUACAAUGUUUGUUCUUCACUGGUUGCCCUUUUCUUGUGGCAACAGGUCACAAAUCUUGUUGCUGUGAUGGCACACUGUGGUAUUUCACCGAAUAGAUAUGGGAGUUUAUCAAAAUUGGGUUUGUUUUCAAAUUAUUUGUGGGUCUGUGUAAACUGAUAUGGUCAUACAUUUGGCAGGAGGUCAGGAAGUGCAGCUCAGUUUCCACCUCAUUUUGUGGGUAGUGUGCACAUAGCCUGUGUUUUCUUGAGAGCCAGGUCUGCCUACGGCGGCCUUUCUCAAUAGCAAGGCUAUGCUCACUGUCUGUACAUAUUCAAAGCUUUCCUUAAGUUUGGGUCAGUCACAGUGGUCAGGUAUUCUGCCACUCUGUACUCUUUGUUUAGAGCCAAAUAGCAUUGUAGUUUGCUCAGUUUUUUUGUUAAUUCUUUCCAAUGUGUCAAGUAAUUAUAUUUUUGUUUUCUCAUUAUUUGGUUGGGUCUAAUCUCUGCCACUCCCUCCAUUAUUUGAGGUUGGCAUAAUGUUUUCUCCACACUGUUCCCUAUUAUUCUAGACAGUCAGCACAGUGCCCUCUACCAGUCCCUCCCAGAGCCCAUAUCUACACCCCAGGACUACAGCCCCCCUGUGCAGUCCCAGGCCCAGCUGCACCAGGGGGCCUACCAGCAAGCCACCACUCAGCUGCACCAGGGGGCCUACCAGCAACCUACAGCACAGCUGCACCAGGGGGCCUACCAGCAACCUACAGCACAGCUGCACCAGGGGGCCUACCAGCAACCUACAGCACAGCUGCACCAGGGGGCCUACCAGGCUCCUACUGUAAGUUCUCUCACACAAAAUUCCCCAUUGUCUCAAACUCAUAUGUCAAAACUCAUUAUUUAAAAUGUAUUCUCACGGCAAGUGUCAGACAUUCCCUUUCUAUCUCUCUAGCUCCUAGUUUAUUUUGUGUUUUGGGUAGUAUCUUUGUAAAGACAAACAUGUUUAUGUUUAUGUUUAUGUUUUCUUUUGUCCGAUCGACCUGAGCAGUGCUACUUCAGUGAGCCCUUUGCAUCUCAGAAAACUCUUCUCUCCCCUGAGAGGGCAGAAGAUUGGUUUGUUGGUUGUGGGACCAAUGAGAGGACAGUGAGUUGUGGCGGGACAAAUCAGUGCGCUAGGUGUGGAAGCACCUCCUUGAUUGACAUGUGCAGGGCCCACUCUCUCCCUAAGCCACUGAGUCGUUCUCCCUGCCACCUCCUGCCCCAAACGAGACAGAGCCGAGAACGGGAUGAAAACUCAGAGGAGCGCGCAGCAGCAUCCCUCCCCCUCCCACUCAGGAUCCUGUCCCCUCCCCCUCCCCCUCAGGAUCCUGUCCUGUCCCCUCCUCCUCCCCCUCAGGAUCCUGUCCUGUCCCCUCCCCUGUCCCAGCACCAUCAGUAUUCCUACCAUGACUCAAUCAAUCAAUCAGUCAAUCACCCCCAUCCUGCCAUCCUGGUUACAAAGCCCAUACAACGCCCCUCUGACCUCCCCCUGCCCCACUCCCACCCCUACUCCUGCAGGGCCUGUGCAAGCUUUGACCUUCUACUGAGGACCAGGAUGGAGGCUGGGGAGUCUCUAGGCCACCCCAACAUGCCCCCCCUCCUUCCCUCUCCCCAGUGCUCACCAGUCCACACGCCCUCCCCAAUCUCCCCCCACCUCCUCUCACUGCUCAAUCUCCCUCCAAUCACCUCCUCCCUAUCUGAUCCUCCAUCUUCCUUCUGGACCACACCCUCACAUCUUGCCCCACCUCCUUACCUAUUGGUCCGCUCCUCUAGUGGAGGUCUGUCCCUGCUCAACCACUGUCUAAGCCACAUUGUCAGUCGCAGGAGCAGCUCCCCAACACCGAUAGACACCCCGUACCGGCCCAGUCAAAGCUAUGGAAAGGCUGGGCUUCGCAGGACCAGCUCCCCUAUACCCCCAGACACUGGGGCCUACUGGUCCGGCCAAAGCCAGCCCACCUCUCCUGUGCCUGAGCAUUCUAAUCAAGACCAGGGCUUGGGCCUGGGCCUGAGUUUGGAAAAGGCUCAGCUUCUAUCACCACAUGACAGCGAAGGCAGACCAGGUGGUCCAGGUGGCUCAAUGGUAGGUCAGGGAUAUGACAGGCUUGAUUGAACUUUGACCCUGCCCAGUCGUUGCCAUAGCAACACCCGACCUAGCUGCAGCAGGGGCAUGGGGCUGGUUCUUCUUUCUGCUUUGCUCAGCUUCCUCUGUCCCUCCCAUGAUGACCAAGCGCAACAUUACUUCCCAAUCCCAAAUCCACCCCUAAUAGGAUUGCAAAAUUCCGGUAACUUUCCCAAAUUUCCCAGGUCUUCCAGAAAUCCUGAUCGGAGGAUUGCACAUUUCCUGCUUAUUCCCUCCUGAUUCUGGGAAUCUUCCCACUGCGAUUUCUGGAAAACCUGGGAAUGUUGGGAAAGUUACUGAACACUAACCCCUAGCCUCAGGCGUAACAUUGAUGUUCUAUCUGCUUCUGUUCACUCCUCAGCAGACAGAGAAUGGCUUGGAUGACUAUUUCUUCUAUGAUAUGAUGGAUCAGCUGUGUAGAUCUCCUUACUACUGCAACAGCCCCUUCCCUUUAUCCUGCAGUUUCCAGCAGCAAUAUCAACCCUGCUCACAAUUAUUCAUUCCCUUGUUGCUCCUGUGAAGGAACAUUGCUCAAUUGAAGAUGCUGAUGAUUUUUUGUCUUGGGCUCAAUGUUCAUUUUCUUCUCCAGAUUAUUGUUCUAUAUGAUGUGUUCUACAUCAUCUUAGUCAUAAACUGAAAGCCAGCCUUUUCCGCUGUGUGUUCCAGCCCAGUGCAGGGUUGAUCCAGCCCCAGCCUGUCUCUGCUCCAGCCACCCCAGGGCCUACAGUACAUCAGAGCAGACCAGCUGCAACACAGAGCUUCCCAGCUGCUGCCCCUGUCCCCACUGUACAGGCAAAGACACAGCUCAUUGCUUCUGCCCAGCCCAACCAGGAGGUAAGGGUCUGUUCUGAAUCCAACACUUAGGUGUGAAUGUGUGUUUGUGUAUGUGCGUGCAUGUGUGUACCUAUGAGUGUGUAGCUAUGAGAAGUGAUAGUUUAUGGGACUCUCAUUGACAAAAUCUUGGCUGUCCAGUCAGAUGCUGUCUGUCCCCAGGCUUCUGUUCAAUGAGCAGAGAUAAAGGUGGCUGUGAUGUUUGUUGUUCUCAGCUGUAAGUACAGUAUAUUCACACAUUGACAAGCCCUGUGGUGUGUAUGUGUGAGCCCAGAGCCUUGUGUGUGUGUGUGUGGGUGUGUUUAACUAUACAUGUGGGGACCAGAAGUCCCCACAAGAAUAGUAAAGCAAGAGAAAAAUGACAACUGGGGACAUUUUGUUGGUCCCCACGAGGUCAAAUGCUAUUUCUAGGGAGUGUAUGGUUAAGGUUAGAAUUAGUGUUAGGGUUAGAAUUAGGUUUAGGGUUAGGGUUAGGAGAUAGGGAUAGUUUUAGGGUUAGGGUUAGGAGCUAGGGUUAGGUUUAGGUUUAGGUUUAGGGUUAGGAGAUAGGGAUAGUUUUAGGGUUAGGGUUAGGAGCUAGGGUUAGGUUUAGGGUUAGGGUUAAGGUUAGGUUUUUGGGUUAGGGUAAGGGUAAGGGUACGGGUUAGGGUUAGGGUUAGGGUUAGGGGUUAGGGAAAAUAGUAUUUUCAAUGGAACUGAAUUGUAUGUCCCCACAAGGUUAGCUGUACAAGAUUGUGUGUAUGUGUGCGUGCGUGCAUGUGUGUUUGUGGGUGGGUGGGUGUGUGUGCAUAUGUGUUUGUGGCUAACUAGACCCGAUGACAGAGUGUGUGUGGUAUGUGUACCAGAUAGACAGACAGACAGACAGAUACGGCUGUUUGCCAACCAGACUUGGUGACAGGACAGGCAGAGUGUUCGAGGCAGUAGAUUAUGUUUGUGGAACAGGACAGAUCUAGAUGUUCAAUUAACUUUGUCAUUAGGUUUACUCACCCUGCCUGUCUGGCUCUCUCUCUCCCCUCUCCUCUCUCCCCCAUCUCUCUCUCUCUCUCCCCUACCACAGUUGUCUGUCAGUCAGCCUCUACCUGAGCAGUGCUCUGACAUCACCACCAGUCUUGUCCAAUCAGCUGCCUCCCUGGUCAGCAGUGCUCCUCCCCCUCAACAGCAGCCUGCCCAAGCCACACCCCCUCUCCAGCCACUGCAGCUCAACAGACAGGUGGGCAGUAGAUAGUCUCGCUUGAUAGACUCAUGACGCUCAAGCAACACAGAUAUAUCAUAUAGAUUUGAUCAUAACUGUAAAAGCACAAUCCAUAAGCAAGUAAUACGUAAUGAGAGUAACAUGUAAGAAUUCUGGUCAAAAAGUGCCCUGGAGGACUGACAGCGAGGGAAGGUCUUUGUGAGUGCACACGUACUGCAAAACCAAUGAAGAAGAGGAACAAGGUGCACUCCAUGGUGAAAAUCGAACAUCUUGUUUUGGUUGUUUGUUUUUGUUUCAGGUUGAUUGUGUUUGUAGUUUGUAUUGUGCCACUGGGGACACAGAACUUAUGGAUUGGGCCUUUAAUUAAUUAAUAAAGAUCAGGGGUUGUGUUCACACCUAAUCUAAACUGAUGCCUGUGGACAACAGAGAGAUUAAAGCUGUGUGUUUAUUACGUUCUCAUUAUGUUUAUUUAGCUUUUUUUUCUUUCCUAGCUUCCCUCCUCGCCAUACCCUGCCAUGGGGGGGACCCCAGGCGGAUGCGAGCCCGUCCUCUACUCCCCAGCUCCUCUGUGCCCCUUCUACCCCCACAGGAUUGACCUCCCUGUACCUGGUUCCCCCAGCCCCUAUUACUCUCCUGUGCCCUCCCUGACCACCGUUGGCACCCCCCAGACCCCAGUGUCCCUGGCCCAACCACCCCAGCAGACGCUAGGCAUGGCAGUACCCGUCCCCCUGCUUGCCAUGACCCUGCCCCCUAGGAUGCCCCAACAGCAGCCCUGGCAUCAGCAGGUCUAUCCUGCCACCCCUCAGCAAGACCUCCCCCCUCUCCAACCCUCUCACCCCCUGCCCCUCUCCCAGGUACAACCUACAGCCCCCCCUGCCCCCCUCCCUGAGAAACACGUGGCAGAUCAACCUCUCCAGGUGAAUAUUCUAAUCAGUGCUCACUGUAGGGUUGUACAUUUCCAGUAAUUUCUCCCAAAUUACCUAGUUUUCCAGAAAUCCCGGUUGGAAGAUUCCCAGAAUUAGGAGAGAAGGAGUAAGGAAAUUCGGAAUCCUCUAACCAGGAUUUUUGGAUUUCUGGUAAUCUGUGGAAAGGUACAGGAAUUUUGCAACCGUAGCUCACUGUGAUGCCUGAAACACAGGAAACCUCCCAAAUACAUUACAUAAACUGUGUUUACUAAAACUUCCGAAUAUGUUGGCUUUACAUUUUGACUUUAUGUUGGAAUGUAGACACUAAGACAAGGACAGUAGCACAGUUCAGAAAACACUUUUGGAUGAACUAGUAGGUUGUACCAUAGAAUUGGAACCUCUAACCCUGGCAAUUUGACUGGCAAACUCAUGGGUACACUCGCAAUGGCUGGCUGGUAUUGUGAUGCAAUAAUUUCCAUGGUAAUGUAGAAUGUUCAUUCAAAUGAUGCUAUCUGAUGUGGCUCAUGCAAUGGAAUGUAUUUUUGUAGUGUCAGUUGAGUUGAUUCAACAAAUCACAGCAAAGAUUUAUGAGUAGACUUCCUGCUUUUACUUCCUGCUUUUAAUUCCUUCUUCACUCCUGUGGGUACACUCCCGAUGGCCGCCAGUCCACCCAUUAUGCCAUCAUUGACUUGAAUGUGGACGCCCGUUCCAUUCCUUCUAUUUCCAACUAGCACUCACAGUCUCAUGUCAGAAUUAGACAUUCAUCAAUGUUUCUCAAACAUCACAUUUCGAAGUUGUUGCAAAUGUCAAAUUUGGAAGUGUAUAAGGUUAAGUUUAGGCAUUAACUCCGAAAUCUUAAGGUUAGGCAUUAACUCAGAAUGUUUAAGGUUUGUGGUCCUCUGUAGCUCAAUGUUUGUGGUCCUCUGUAGCUCAAUUGGUAGAGCACGGCGCUUGUAACGCCAGGGUAGUGGGUUCGAUCCCCGGGACCACCCAUACGUAAAAAUGGCAUAUUAUUAUUAUUAUUAAGGUUUGGGAUAGGCUUAAAAUAGCGUUGCCCCUAGUGGCCGGUUUCCACGUCAUCUCCCGACGUCCUCAGACAUGGAUGGAUUUCGAAUACUGACUUGUAUCAAGGGUGACCUGGCUGUCUAUUUCUAUGGAUUGUACAGUUUUAGCAGCAGUAGCAAAAAAUAUUCUGUAAUACCUAAGUUAUUCCUCCCUCCAGAUCCAGUCUGGUGCCCCUCAGGACCCCCAGGGAGAGGCUCCGGUGUCAGCCCUGGCCGCGCUCCACCCCGUCCAGCCUGCCGUCCUGUUCCCUCCCUGGAGGGGGGAGGUGGUGGACCCCAACCCUGUUGCUGCAGCCAGGUCCGAUCAGACACUCCCUGAGAACCCAGCCCCGGCCCCACCCCUGGCUUCGGCCCCGACUCUGGCUGGAGCCCUGCAGCCGCAAGGCACCCAGAAAGCAGCCCCAGUGCCUGACGGUGCCAGCCUGCCCACGACUCAGCAGAACCUGGACACUGCGUCCAUAUCUACCUCUUCCCAACCUGAGGCCAGCCAAGAGGUAGGUAGCUACACACACAGUUCCCUACAGUUCCCUACAGUCCCCUACAGUUCCCUACAGUCCCCUACAGUUACCUACAGUUCCCUACAGUUACCUACAGUUCCCUACAGUUACCUACAGUUCCCUACAGUUACCUACAGCUCCUUACAGUUCCCUACAGUUCCCUACAGUCCCCUACAGUUACCUACAGUUCCCUACUGUCAGGGCGUGCUGUAGGUGCAAUGGUGGAAUCAAACGCAGGACUCAGAACGAUAUUCCAAUCUCUUGUAUUACUGCCCAUACAUAGGCAAAAAGGACAACUUGGCCCGAAGGCGAAAAUUACGCACAACGGCGAAAAGAAACAGCGCACAAACAGGUGCGACAAAAUGUAACCGCGCACAAACAGGUGCGACCAAAUGUAACCGCGCACAAACAGGUGCGAUAAUACUCCAGAGUAGUGGAGAGAAGCUCAACCGAGCAAUACACACAACUGACGGAAAAUAAUUACACACAACACUGGACAAACACAACGAGAAACUUAUAGGACACUAAUUACGCCAAAACAGAAACAGGUGUGGAAACAAACAGACAAAAGCAAACGAACAUGAAACAUACAGCGGUGGCAGCUAGAAUUCCGGAGACGACGAACGCCGAAACCUGCCCGAACAAGGGAGAGAGGCAGCCUCGGCCGAAACCGUGACAGUACCCCCCCCUUGACGCGCGGCUCCAGACGUGCGCCGACUCCGGCCUCGGGGACGACCAGGAGGACGCGGAGCAGGGCGCGUCGGAUGCCCCCGAUGGAAUUCCGUCAGGAGCGACGGGUCCAAAACGUCUCUCCUCGGCACCCAGCACCGCUCCUCCGGACCGUACCCCUCCCACUCCACUAGAUACUGGAGACCCCCCAUCCGACGUCUCGAAUCCAAGAUGGAUCUCACGGAGUACGCCGGUGCCCCCUCGAUGUCCAACGGGGGCGGAGGAGUCUCCAAGAUCUCAUUUUCUUGGAGUGGGCCCGCUACCACCGGCCUGAGAAGGGACACAUGGAACGAGGGGUUAAUACACUUAUACUCCACAGGUAGCUGUAAUCUAUAACAUACCUCGUUCAACCUUCUCAGGACUUUAAAUGGCCCUACAAACCGCCGACCCAGUUUCCGACAGGGCAGGCGGAGGGGCAGGUUUCUGGUAGAGAGCCAGACUCGAUCACCAGGUGCGUACACCGGUGCCUCACUGCGGUGGAGAUCAGCGCUCGCCUUCUGACGUCGGAGGGCCCGCUGCAGGUGGACGUGUGCAGCGUUCCAAGUCUCCUCUGAGCGCCGCGCCCACUCAUCCACCGCAGGAGCCUCGAUCUGGCUCUGCUGCCAGGGUGCCAGAACCGGCUGGUAACCUAACACACAUUGAAAUGGAGUUAGGUUAGUGGAGGAAUGGCGUAGGGAAUUCUGGGCCAUCUCGGCCCAGGGAACGUACCUUGACCACUCCUCCGGCCGGUCCUGGCAGUAUGUUCUGAGAAACCUACCCACAUCCUGGUUUACGCGUUCCACCUGCCCAUUACUCUCCGGGUGGUAACCCGAGGUGAGGCUCACCGAGACCCCCAACCGCUCCAUAAACGCUCUCCAGACUCUGGAGGUGAAUUGGGGACCCCGAUCAGCCACAAUGUCCUCGGGUACCCCGUAGUGCCGGAACACAUGGGUAAACAGUGCCUCUGCAGUUUGUAGGGCAGUAGGAAGACCCGGCAUGGGGAGCAAACGACAGGCCUUAGAGAACCGGUCCACAACGACCAGGAUGGUAGUAUUCCCUUGGGAGAGGGGAAGGUCUGUUAUAAAGUCCACUGAGAGGUGGGACCAUGGUCGUUGUGGAACGGGCAGGGGUAGCAACUUACCCCUAGGUAGAUGUCUAGGCGCCUUACACUGGGCGCACACCGAGCAGGAGGAAACAUAAACCCUCACAUCCCUUGCCAACGUGGGCCACCAGUACUUGGCACUAAGACAGUGCACUGUCCGGCCGAUACCCGGAUGUCCAGAGGAGGGUGACGUGUGAGCCCAAUAGAUCAAUCGAUCCCGAACCUCGAGCGGAACGUACUUCCGACCCUCCGGGCACUGUGGUGGACUAGGGUCGGUGCGUAACGCCCGCUCGAGUUCAGCAUCGACCUCCCACACUACCGGUGCCACCAGACACGACUCAGGCAGUAUGGGAGUGGGCUCCACGGACCUCUCCUCCGUGUCAUACCGCCGAGACAGCGCAUCUGCCUUGCCAUUCUGUGACCCAGGGAUGUACGUGAUCUUAAAAGUAAACCUGGUCAAGAACAUACUCCAUCUUGCCUGGCGAGGGUUCAGCCUCCUCGCCGCCCGGAUGUACUCCAGGUUACGGUGGUCCGUCAAAAUGAGGAAAGGGUGUUGAGCCCCCUCAAGCCAGUGCCUCCACACCUUUAGAGCCUGUACCACGGCUAACAGCUCCCUGUCCCCUACGUCAUAGUUCCGCUCCGCCGGACUGAGCUUCUUAGAAUAAAAAGCACAGGGGCGGAGUUUAGGUGGCGCGCCAGACCGUUGUGAAAGCACGGCUCCUAAACCGGCCUCCGACGCGUCCACCUCUACCUGGAACGGCAAAGAGGGAUCCGGAUGCGCCAGCACCGGGGCCGAGGUAAACAGGUCCUUCAGCCUCCCAAACGCCCUGUCCGCCUCGGCCGACCACUGCAGACGCACCGGACCCCCCUUCAACAGAGACGUGAUGGGAGCUGCCACCUGUCCAAAACCCCGGAUAAACCUCCUGUAGUAAUUUGCAAACCCCAAAAACUGCUGCACCUCCUUCACAGUGGUUGGUGUUUGCCAAUUACGCACGGCCGACACCCGGUCUACCUCCAUCUUCACCCCUGACGCAGACAACUGAUAACCCAAAAAGGAGACCGACUCCUGGAAAAACAGACACUUCUCUGCCUUCACAUACAGGUCGUGCUCCACCAGCCUCCGCAACACUCUACGCACCAGGGCCACAUGCUCGACACGGGUAGGUGAGUACACGAGAAUGUCAUCAAUGUACACCACCACCCCCUGCCCCUGCAUGUCCCUGAAGAUCUCAUCCACAAAUGAUUGGAAAACUGACGGAGCGUUCAUCAACCCGUAUGGCAUGACCAGAUACUCGUAAUGGCCCGAGGUGGUACUAAAGGCUGUUUUCCAUUCAUCACCCUCCCUGAUGCGCACCAAGUUGUACGCGCUCCUGAGAUCUAAUUUCGUGAAGAAACGCGCCCCAUGCAACGACUCAGUCAUGGUCGCAAUCAGCGGGAGUGGAUAACUAUACUUCACCGUAAUCUGAUUGAGACCACGGUAAUCGAUGCACGGGCGCAAACCACCAUCCUUUUUCUUCACGAAAAAGAAACUCGAGGACGCAGGGGAAGUGGAAGGCCGUAUGUAUCCUUGUCUCAGCGAUUCGUCUAUGUAAAUCUCCAUAGCUUUCUUCUCCUCCUGAGACAGAGGAUACACAUGGCUCCGUGGGAGCGCAGCUCCUGCCUGGAGGUCUAUCGCACAAUCCCCCUGCCUAUGGGGUGGCAACCGCGUCGCCCUCGCCUUACUAAACGCAAUAGCCAAAUCCCCAUACUCAGGUGGAACGUGCAAUGCGGGCACCUGGUUUGGACUCUCCACCGAGGUAGCCCCUACGGAAACGCCCAAACAUCUACCCACACACUGAGCAGACCACUCCAUCAGAGCCCUCUCCUGCCACGAAAUAGCUGGGUUAUGGGUACUCAACCAGGGCAUGCCCAGCACCACCGGAUACGCAGGAGAGUCAAUCAGGAACAGCUGAAUCAUCUCCUGAUGAUCCCCCUGCGCACACAUCCUAAGUGGCGCCGUGACCUCCCUGAUUAAGCCCGUACCCAACGGACGACUAUCUAGGGCGUGAACGGGAAAAGGAACAUCAACAGGAAUGAGGGGAAUCCCUAACGCUAAACAAAACUUUUUAUCAAUAAAAUUCCCAGCCGCGCCUGAAUCUACCAGCGCCUUAUGCUGGGAAUGAGGUGCUACCUGUGGAAAACGUACAGGCAUACAAAAAUGGGCAACAGUGAGCUCUGGGUGAGUGGGGCGCCUACUCACCUGGAGGGAAUCCCCAGUGCGGGACCUGUCGUCAUCUCCCCUAGGAGGCCAUCCCCAGCACCUAGCCGCGGUGUGUCCUCCCCGACCACAGUUGGUGCAGUGGAUGGACCCCCUAGCCUGCCGACUCCUCCUCUCUCUAGCGCCAGCGCCCCCGAGCUCCAUAGGACACGGCUCGGAGGCGCUGGAGGGUGAAAUGGACGGACCCUCCGCAGGACGUCCGCGGGUAGCCAGUAGGUUAUCCAGCCUGAUGGACAUGUCAACCAGCUGGUCGAAAGAGAGGCUGGUGUCCCUACAAGCCAGCUCCCGACGGACGUCCUCUCGUAGGCUACAUCUGUAUAGAUCGAUGAGGGCCCGAUCAUUCCACCCUGCAUCUGCCGCUAGAGUACGGAAUUCGAGCGCGAAUUCCUGGGCACUUCUCCUCCCCUGCCGGAGGAAGACCAGACGCUCCCCCGCCGCUUUCCCCUCCGGGGGAUGGUCAAACACCGCCCUGAAGCGGCGGGAGAACUCGUUGUAAGUAAUCGUCGUGGCGUCGAUCUUCCUCCACUCCGCGUUGGCCCACUCCAACGCUUUUCCGGCCAGGCAGGAGAUCAGGGCGGACACGCUCUCAUGCCCUGAAGGUGCCGGGUGCACUGUGGCCAGGUAUAGCUCCACCUGGAGUAGGAAUCCCUGACACCCAGCCGCGGUUCCGUCGUAGGCCCUCGGGAGAGAUAGUCGGACUCCUCGAGGUUCCGGCGCUGGAAUGGGCGGGCUGGCCGAUGGUGCUGGCAGGGCGGGAGGCGGUGGAGGCGUACCCCAGCCUCGGAGGGUGGAAAUCACCUCCUGCAGGGCGGUCCCCAUCUGCAGGAGCUGAUCUUGUUGGUCCCGAACCUGGGCCUCCAGUCUCGUCUGGGCUGCUUCGGCUCCUGCUGAUUCCAUAGAUGGUGUGUAAUUCUGUCAGGGCGUGCUGUAGGUGCAAUGGUGGAAUCAAACGCAGGACUCAGAACGAUAUUCCAAUCUCUUGUAUUACUGCCCAUACAUAGGCAAAAAGGACAACUUGGCCCGAAGGCGAAAAUUACGCACAACGGCGAAAAGAAACAGCGCACAAACAGGUGCGACAAAAUGUAACCGCGCACAAACAGGUGCGACCAAAUGUAACCGCGCACAAACAGGUGCGAUAAUACUCCAGCGUAGUGGAGAGAAGCUCAACCGAGCAAUACACACAACUGACGGAAAAUAAUUACACACAACACUGGACAAACACAACGAGAAACUUAUAGGACACUAAUUACGCCAAAACAGAAACAGGUGUGGAAACAAACAGACAAAAGCAAACGAACAUGAAACAUACAGCGGUGGCAGCUAGAAUUCCGGAGACGACGAACGCCGAAACCUGCCCGAACAAGGGAGAGAGGCAGCCUCGGCCGAAACCGUGACACCUACAGUUCCCUACAGUUACCUACAGCUCCUUACAGUUACAUACAGUUCCCUACAGUUCCCUACAGUUACCUACAGUUUCCUACAGUUACCUACAGUUACCGACAGUUCCCUACAGUUACCUACAGUUUCCUACAGUUCCCUACAGUUUCCUACAGUUACCUACAGUACAGCACAGACACAAUUGUUACUCUACUACCACACACUGCACAGCACAUACUGUGAACACUACUCCUAG